AUGGAACGGGAAUCCGAUACGAAGGGUCAGGUGCACGACCGUCUUCCUUACGUGCUCUCCGAGGCACGGGGUCAAAGCACCGCCAAUUUCCUAACUCCAGGAGUCGAUAUAAUAUACCUGCACCAGCACGCCUCUUCGACGGAUAGGAACGCACGUCAACGCGUUGUCGGAGCUAUUUUACCAAACUUCGAAGCCUGGCUGGGGAGAAAACAUGGCAGCUUAACUUUCAGGCUGACACAGGUACUUACCGGACAUGGUUGUUUCGGCGAGUACCUGUGUCGGAUCGGUCGCGAGGUGACACCGCGGUGUCAUCACUGUGGGGAGGUCCGGGACUCCGCUCAGCACACGCUCGAAGAGUGCCCUGCCUGGGAACCUGAGCGGCACAUCCUGGUCAGCUACGUUGGGAGAGACCUGUCACCACCUGCUGUCAUAGCGGCAAUGCUGGAGGACAGUGAAGCAUGGAGGGCAGUGGUCUCCUUCUGUGAAGUAGUAAUGUGCAAGAAGGAGGCCGCUGAGCGGGACCGCGAGCGAGCCGAUCCUUCUCGGAGGCGGAGACAUCAGGGCGGCGCUGAUCAACGCUCUGAUCGUUCCAUUCAGUAGUCCCAGGCGCUGGGACCGGGCCGCUGUAGUAGCUGGAGCGGAGCUCUGGCUGGCGACCCUGGAAGGACGACCGCUUGCUGUGGCGCAAGCUGUCGUGGCUACAUGCAAAGUGCACGAGGCCAGGGGAGUGCAUCUUUCAGGAUGAGCCCACUGGGCGUCGCGCAGGGGAGGCACCGGCGCACGUUCGUAAGAGUUCCCGGAGCCUCUUAAUAUGCGCUGAGGAUGGCCAUCGAGGGGGUUUUAGUGGGUACAAAUCCCACAUAACCCGAUCUCUCCUCAAAGAGGUAGG